AUGGAAAUUGCAAUGUACUUUAACUCAUUGCCGCAACAGUUGGAAACAAUUUUUGCAAUUUCUCAAUUCCAAUACGUAGGGAUGCAAGAUAUGGUCAACUAUCAAAGGAGUUAUAUACAGAAGUUGCUAGAAAAAGUCGAUAAACAGCGUCAAUUAUUAAUUACCGCCAAAGAAGAGAUUACUCAAAUAGAGAAAUACAAGAGCAAGAUUAAAGAUUUAGAAAAAAAUAACAGUAUUUUACGAGCAAAAGUUCGAAGUUUGGAAAAUGGAGACUCUCUUAAAGCCCCACCAACAAGAUCUAUUCAUUUCAUGAAUAGGCCAAUCAAUACUGGUAAUAGCUCAAUAAUUGAACAUGAUUUGAAACAAUUAGUCGAACAGCAGAAAUAUGAUAAAACUAAUGAUACUCCUAACUAUAAUACCCGGCAGCAGUUUAAUGGUGAAGAUGGAAAUACCUUUAUUAGAAUGGUCAAAGAAAGCUCGACUAAAAGAGGAAUGUUUGCUCGUCAAUCCAUGUCAACAUGGCAACAACAACACCAAAAUUUACAGCCCAAUGGACUGUUGAGCCAACCAAGAGUUCAUAAUCAAGUUGCUGAAUCAACCAAUAUUCAGAAUAAUUCAGGAAUUAAUUAUGGGGUUGUUUCUGGUAAUAUGGUGCGUAAUGGUGGCGAUGUCAAUAGAAACGGCAGUGGUGAGGGUCUUUUAGCGGUGAACAAUACGGUUUUUGGCAAUAAUGGGUCUUCGAGAUUCAUUUCCCUUGAAUCAGAGGGUCAUGAACUGGGAGAAAUAAAUAAUAACAAGAUUAGUAAUAAUUAUAAACGCCCAAUAAUAUUUCCAGACCUAGUGAAAUUUAGGGCUGAUAAUAGUGGGAGCGGAGGUGAUUUUGAAGUACAAGUUCGAGAAUCAAGAAAUAGUAUGCAACCUUAUCAGCUGAAGAAUUCUAAUGGUACCAAUAGUGAAAAUAGCGGGACCAGUCCCUUGAGACCAUUCAGUAGAUCGAGAUUGUCUACGAGCAAUGGGAAAUCUGUCGGUCAUAUAGCUAGUAGACUAAGCGCCCACAUGAAAGUAGGUAAACAAAGAAUGUCAACUUACAAUGGAUCAUCAUCGAAUAAUAGAGAGAUCGGAAGAGUUCUGAGAAACAAUAGAAUAUAG